AAAAUAAUAUCUUGAUGAAACAAAAAUUUGAAAUAAAUUGAAAAUGUAACGGGCGACGGAAAGUGAUAGUGGCUUAAACUCUAUUCAAUAGAGUAAAACUCCUGCAAGUAGACAAUGAUUACGAAAUCGAUUAUUCCAUACAACCUGCGCCGAAAAUCGCUCAUACACAACGAAGAGACAACGUUUCUAAUUUUGGUCCGAAAUCAACAAAUCGCUUGUCAAGAGAAAGAGAGACAGUCGAGAAAAAAAGGUAGCGCAGCCAAAGACCAAAUUGUGUGUGCAAUUUUUCAAUCACACGCAUAGUUAACUCUCGAUCUCAAUUUGUGGAGUGAAUCGACAACGACGACGAAUGUGCGGCCGCGUAAACACAUAAAAUUGGCGCGUGGAAAAUAAUAGACUGCAUGAAUGAAUUGAACAAAACGAAAACUAGAGUAGAAAACAAUCUUUUUUUUCUCAACAAAAUGACGCAUGUGAUGCAAUCGAUGAGAUGUUGUCUAUUUGAAUGCUACAAAUUUAACGCUUUGCUUAUUUUGCUGACAUUGGUUUUACACGAGCGAAUUACAGUGGUUUUUGGUAUAACAGUAAAUCCACUUGAUUCGAUCAUCUCAUCGUCGUCAACAACAUUCGAUUCCGAUGAAUACCGACCCAGUGAAUUUGCAUCGGAAGUCCAUGAUUUGAAUAAAAUCGAUUACAGCCAAUUUACCAGCGGCUACAAUAAAUACGUUGGUUCACAUGAAAUCACCGACACCGGUCCGUAUGUGUUUGAAUCAACGGUAGGCGGUGUGAAUCAACAUUCUGCCAUGGUUAAACAGCCGAUUAGUGAAAAUCAAUCAGAUUCAUUAAGUGAAUUUAUGAAGAUGUUUUCAAUUCCGUUGCAUCACUCCGUAUUCGAAGUACCGAAUUUUUUCAACAAUCGUAUAUCCGUUAAAUCACGUUACGUAACAAAGGCCAUACCACCGUUGUCACCGCCACCAUCGUUUCCAGUCCGUCAGAUUGUAACACGACCGGCACCGUCACCAAUAACAGCCAUCACCGAUGGAAUUAAAGAUCGAUUGAAGGCAAUUUAUCCCGGUACACUGUGGUGUGGUGACGGAAAUCAGGCCAGCAACCAAAAUGAAAUCGGACUAUUUCGAAACACCGAUAUUUGCUGCAAACAACAUGAUGAAUGUCCUGCUUUCAUAAAAUCGGGUGGCGAGUUCAAAGGUCUACGCAAUACCGGAUUAUUCACACGCACACAUUGCGCCUGUGACCUUAAAUUUUACAAUUGUUUAAAGAGAACCGAUACGUUAAUUUCGAAUAAAAUCGGAUACACGUACUUUAAUAUCUUGCGGCCGCAAUGCUUCCGAAAGGAAUUCCCAAUUGUCGGAUGCAAAAAGUGGAUAAAUAAAAAAUGUGUGAUGUACAUGGUAGACGGUCAAAAUUCACCCGUUUGGCAAUGGUUCGAGAAUAAAUUAUUUUAGCUUUAUUAUUGAACAGACGAUAUUCAACUGCUCAAUUAGAUGUUUAGAUUCGCUUAAAAGUCGUCAUUUAGCUUAAUACUAACUAGUGAAUAAAGGAACUUGGAAAUAA